UGGUGCUCACUUGCAGAAUGAAUGAAUGAAUGAGUGUUAAGAUGUUAUGGUUCAUUCCUUUUCUGCAAGUUCUUUAAAUAAAAAACUGUAAUUAAUCUACCAAUUAUGUGGCAGGGAUCAUACAAGCUCUUAACAAAAGCCUGGUUCCCAGCACGCUGCUCAUGUUCCGGGCAUGCUGGGCCUGUUAUUUAAAGAGAUGUGCUGGGAAAGUCUUUACUAACCCUCUGGAUUCAACCAGAGAAUGUAAAAUUAAAGCUUCAAAACCAAAAGAGAAGAAGCAUUGACAAUAAAUAAGCUUGCCAACAAAAAUAAGCUUCUUGGGAAGAAAGAGGAAAUGUUUGAGAGAUCUUAAAGUGAAGGGCGAGGGUAAGAGAUGCUGGCUAACGUCUGCUUCUCCAGUCCCUGUGACGUUUUUGUUCAUCACCUUCCCUCUUCUAAUUUUCCACCCCUUACAAAUCAUCUCAACUUUGUCUCUUGGAACUACCCACUAGUUACAGUCAGAGGGGCCCUUGAGCUGCUGGUGAUAAAAAAAAUCUGCCGUGAUACCUGCAAGGCUCUGAGAUCCAAGAGGCUGCGUUGACUGCACAUUCUAAAUUCUUGCUGCCAGAAUGGGGAAACAGAAUAGCAAGCUGCGCCCGGAGGUCAUGCAAGACUUGCUGGAAAGCACAGACUUUACAGAGCAUGAGAUCCAGGAAUGGUAUAAAGGCUUCUUGAGAGACUGCCCCAGUGGACAUUUGUCAAUGGAAGAGUUUAAGAAAAUUUACGGGAACUUUUUCCCUUAUGGGGAUGCUUCCAAAUUUGCAGAGCACGUCUUCCGCACCUUCGAUGCCAAUGGAGAUGGGACAAUAGACUUUAGAGAAUUCAUCAUCGCCCUGAGUGUCACUUCAAGGGGGAAGCUGGAGCAGAAGCUGAAGUGGGCCUUCAGCAUGUAUGACCUGGAUGGAAAUGGCUACAUCAGCAAGGCAGAGAUGCUAGAAAUUGUGCAGGCAAUCUAUAAGAUGGUUUCCUCUGUCAUGAAAAUGCCUGAAGAUGAGUCAACCCCGGAGAAAAGGACAGAGAAGAUCUUCCGUCAGAUGGACACCAAUAGAGAUGGAAAGCUGUCCCUGGAGGAGUUCAUCCGAGGGGCCAAGAGCGACCCGUCCAUAGUGCGCCUCCUGCAGUGCGACCCCAGCAGCGCCGGCCAGUUCUGAGCCCGGCACCCCACGAAUCGUAGAGCUGCUUGUGUUCCCUUUCAGUUUUUCUUUUUAACAAAAAAAAAAUAUUUGUUGCCAAACAAUAUUGACAGUGAUGCUGCCCCCGUGCGGUCAGAUGCACCUUCCUCCGUGACGCCUUCGCUGCUUUUGUCGUGGACGCUUCGUGGGAAUGCCGUGGCCCAGCGCUUGUGGAGAGCAUGGACAGUGCUGUCGCGUACAGACUCUGUGGUUUCCAUUGUUUUGAUGAUUUUUAAUUGUUGAUGUUGUUUUUCUGUUGAUUCUAAUGUCUCUGUUCUAAAACCGAAGACUCGGGGAGGCAAGAGAAGGAAAGCCAAUCCAGUCCAGUGAUUCUAUGGCAAGCUUCGAGGGGCUUGUCUGAACAACAAAAGCCCCUGCCUGGGUUCGGUGUCACUCACACCCUGGGGUGGCACCAGAUGCUGGACUCCCUAAGGACACGUGACUCUCUGGGGCUAGGCUAUUCAAGGGACCUGGGGGAAUUUCCCAGGGAGGCCCGCCCACCCUCUUCCCCAGCAGGUUGUAGUUUCUAAGCUGUGAACAUUUCCAGGUAAAUUCAUAGAAAAGAGGAAAAAGAUGGCUCAGCUAUUUUUUCACAGGUUUACACUAGUUGAGCAAAUACAAGUUUCUUUGGAAAUUGAACACAAAUUGUAACUUAUAUUCCAAAACCUGAUCCGUCUUGUUGCCUAUUGUGAUUUAAAAAAAAAAAAGACUGCUGUAUAUAAAAUAUUGGGGUAUUGCAGACCAAAUUAAGUGUUUUGCCUUGUUUAAAUGAAAUGCAUGUUUAGUGAGCACUAAUACAAUCUUAUUACAGAAGACUGUUUUUAGUAGCUUAUUGUGAAGUAAGCCAACUCUAAUGAAUGUCUGUGUCUUGUUUUAAAGUCAUAUCUGUCUUUGCACAAAUGCACCGAUCAACAGGUAUAUUUUCUAUAUUUCAGAAAAGUACAAAGUAAACUUGACAAGGGCCCAACCUUCAUUUUGAAUGUUUUUCCAGAGUGGCAGUGCAUGGAGAAUAGAAGCAGGGCAGGUUGAAAUGGGGUACAGCAGCUGGAGCCCCAGAAGGUUAACAUUUAUGAGAAACAUGAGCUGAUAUCCACUCAGCCAGCCUACAACUCAUCAGCAGUGUGAAACGGUGUGGUGCUUUUCUGAGUGGAUCAAUAUUCCAUAAACCCCUUGUGCCCCAAAAAGCAUGAAUUCUUGAAACUUCUCAGGGGUUUCAUCCAUGUGUAUGGUUAGGAAGCUAUAUCUGGCAUAUUGACUUUUUGAUGUCUUUCUUCAGUGGCCCUUCAAAGAAUGAGAGGUUGGCAAUCAUCUGAUUCAUCAUGAGGAGCCACGGGCAAGUGUGUCUGUGGCUUCCCAGCCCCACUAUGUGAAAUCCCGGAAUAUUUCCCCAUCAGCAUGUUCUGUGAAUUAUAGAUUUCUAUUUCCAGAAAUGACAGCACCAAUUCAAGUUGCUGUUUGACCUGGUGACCUCAUGUGCAUGAAUUUGAAUUGAAAGAGUAAAAAUUGCUGGCUACAGGUAAGUCAUAGUUUCACAAGCAUUAGGUAUGGCAAAGCACAAAGCUCAAGGGUGCAGAUGGGGAGAACCAAUUCUAAGGAAGGCAGCGAGGAACCCAGUGGGUGUCUUGCUGCCCGGCUACUUGCUGUAGAACAUAAAUCGCAGAAAGAUAAACAUCAUAACCUCAAGGGAAGUGAUGCUGAAGCCUUCUAACCUCCAGAUUCCUUUUUGUCUAUCCCUUGAGUCCUUUUUACUGGUAGAAAAAUUCAAAUUUGUAUGGUUCACCAAAACAAACAAGCUUUGCAAGGUGAAAUUUUGAGACCCUGACUUGGUAAAAUAACCUUAAUCUUCCUCUGAGUGUCCAUUCUUCCUAGUGGUUUCAUACCAAGGCUCCCCAAAUUCCCCCAUGGGCCAACUGGUAAAAUACGGUUUUAAAUAGGGAAUUAACCUAUGACUUGGAGUGCAGAGUGAGUGAUGGGGACCCAGAAUGCCUUCCCUUCCCCAUGCCCCAAACCCCCACCCUGCUUCUGCUCUUGAUCAAAGAACCAAUUGCUCCUUAGUCCUCCUUAGAUGGUGGAGUCAGUCACCAUUUGGGUCAGCUCGUAACAUCUUCCUGAGCAGACUCACUCCAUUCCCCAGAGCUUAGAGCUGGAGUAACAGGGAGGAGGGUCUCAGUCUUUUAAAGAAAACAGCCAGACGCAUGACAAGUGAACUCCGACACUCCUGGAAUAUAUGGAAACUGGCCUCCUCCUGGCCUGCCCUUGAUCCUGUCUGUAUUUUCUUGAGGGUUGUUUUCUUCCUGCCCCUCCUUCCCAGGACGGCUUUUGUAUGUCUACUCCAAAGCUCUCAAGUUUGGUCAGGGGACUCUGCAGCACCCAGAGGGCUGAACGCUUAAAGAUUUACGUCACUCUUGUGCUGGGCUGUUCAUUGUCACUGCUGUGUGGCGGGGCCUCUGGAAUUGGACUCUGUUCUGUGUGAAAUCAAGCCAGCCUGUGAUGUUCAAGGGACUGGAAUAAAGUGGCUUAUGACUUGAAGGAAGACACAGAGUGGUCGGCUGUUUAUACCCUUGUUUAAGGUGGGGAAGGGGUGCUGAGGGUGCUUUUCCCUUCCUGUCAGUAUGCCCCAGGGGGCACUUCCCACAGUGAAUUUAAUCCUCUGCAGACUUAAAGUCACAACAUCUGGAGUGGCCUGUUUACGUUGCUCUAGCUUGGCAUUUAUUUGCUAUGGGGCAUUGCAUAUGACUGUCUGGGGUGGGCCUGAAGUUUCUGGUCUUGAACUGCUGCUCCAGUUGCACUUGUACCCAGGUGAGGACACUGACUUCUUCCUGGAGAUAAGACCAGGAGCCCAGGGCCGUGAAUGGGUGCAUGGGAGAGGCCACUGAGCCCAAAGCCCUGACCAAAAGCGGCCUUGAUCCAUGUAGAAGCUUCCUACUUCCCUCCCCUGUGAGCUUCCCUUUCUUCUCGUUUCCUCUUCCCUCCACAACUGGAGCUGCAAACUCUACUCCAAACAUUAGCUGCCAUGGAAGGAGAAAUUGAGUCAGUUUUUGCUUCAGGGGGCAAAUUAAUCUCCUCCUCCUCCGCACCCCUACCCGCUUCUCAGUCUGAAAGUUUGGUGGAAAAGAUGACAUGUUACAAGGCCUGCGCCCUCCGAGCCAAUUCUUAUCAAGGUGUUUGCUUCUGUUGCUAUCAUAAGGCCCUGCUCCGGCACAGAAGGCAGUUAGUUAGUGUAGGACAAAGGGGGCAUUAGCUUGAGUGUCAUUUCCAGCAGGUCACUCGCGGGCUGACGAGACCACGUGGGAGUGCAGCUGGCCCCCAGGGAAUUCUCCCUCUACUUUGCGCAGUUUUUCUCUAUGGACCCGUGAUGGCCCCGAUGCCCGAGAGUGCUGGGCGUGAGUAGCACCAUGUCAUUCGUGGCAAGAAGUGGUUGGGUGCCUCACCAUAGUCAGGGUCCUGCCCUCUCACACCUGCUGGAGGCGAACCAAGCAGCGCUGGCCUGAAGCGGGUCCUCUGAAACCCAAACACCUUGAUAAGAAUCGGCUUGGAGGGUGCGGCUCCGCAUCGUCAUCUUUUCCAGCAAAGCUUCAGACUGAGAAGCAGAAGGGGUGAGGUGGGGUGAGGAUAUUAAUUUUCCACUGAAGGGAAACUGACUCAGAUCACCAGACCUUUUUAGAGUGUGAAAGUUUGGGAGUCCCAAGUUACCUACCCCGAGGUAGCAUGCUAACAUAACCACCUCGCCCACGGUGAUUAAAGUGACUUAGUCUAAAGACUGGAAGGCAGGAGCUGGUAAUGGACCCCAUGGUCCUGAGAGUUGGUCAUCCUUGCCUUCCCAGCCAGAGUCUCUGUACAGGGAGGUGGGGAGCUCAUGGCACACAUGGUGAGCAAAAUUCACCCAACAGCAGGACCUCAGUUGCCAACCCCGGGCCAAGGGAGGGGCUGCCUCGGGGGAGAUGCUGAGACCAGCUGCAGGUCCAGGGGACUCCUGCUGAGCCUGUGGAACAGGAAUCACAGAAAGCUCCUUUAGCCCAUUUCUAAUCCCAUAAUCUCUUCAGAAAGCUCCUCAAACAGCACCUCUCCCAGCCUCCUCUUCCCUGCCCGCCUGUCCAGGCAUAGAGGCUGCUGGGGAUGCGACCUGGGGUUCAAGUUAGAGAAAGCUUUCUCAAAGCAAAAUUCUAGCCAAGUUUGUGGAUGUGGAUGGACAGAGAAGGUGAGAUGUGGGGAAACAUCAAAAUGCUCCUUGCUUGGAACGAGACUCUUGGGAGAUAAUCAUGGAUGGUGAUUGAAGAAGUGUGGUUCAGGUAGGUGGGUGGUCAUUGAGGAAGCAACAAAAAUAUAUGGAGAGUAAAUCAAGGUGUUUGCAUUUGAGCUGAUAACCCAGCAAGACUGUGGGUUCCGGGGCAAGGGAUGGAACUGGAAUUUCAGCCACGGGGUUUUAGCUUUUGUGUAGAGGUUGGUGCAGAAAACCAAGCAGAACCGGAAAGGUCUCACAGUAAUUUUAGCAAAUGGUGAGCUGGGAGUGAGGAAGACAAAGGUGAGAACUCACUACCUGUUCUGGUGACCUGGUCAGGACUAGCCUCCCCGAGCCCUGUCAUCCCUCUUGGUUUCUCCAGCCCUCUUAUUUAACUGUGGUGGGGCCACAGCCAACCAGAAGAGGAAAUUCCCUCUGUGUUGAAGCCCAGGACCCGAAGGUACCCAGGGGCGCCUGGAAUCUUCCCUGUUCCCACAGAGGCUUCCAUUCAGUCAUACAAAAAACACAGCACAGGGCCUCCCUGGUGGCGCAAGGGGUUAAGCACCGGACUAUGAAGCAUUCCACACCUCUGCAGCACGAGUUUGAUCCCUGGCCAGCCAGGGAGCAACCCACAUGGUGCAGCAGACCUCUCCUGACUCGCCCGCUGCUCCCCUCCGCAGUGUACUUUGGUCAGUCUGCCUGUUCUGCUCCCCGCGCUGUCUCUGGUGGAUCCUCUCACCCCUCCCCUUCCCCACGCAUGUCUAGCCUGUACCCCAGCUCUUGUAUGCAUAAAUAAAUAAACCUUUAAAAAAAAAACACAGCACACCAUGUUUUCCCACCCCCAUCUCCAGGAUAUACCAGACACUUCGUUUAUGCUCAUGUUAUGAAUAUUUA